AUGUCUGCUCAAUUGAAGUGUGGGUUGGCCUAUCUCAAAUACUGUUUUUCAGUAGAGGCAAUCGAUUCUCGUGUUCAACCAGAUAUCGAUUACCUUAGACGACAGAAGGCUGCAGCUUUAGAUAAUGAUUCUGAAGUUAAAGAAAUUAACAAGAGUUCUCGUCCCUUGUGGCAUACUACCGAAUUUAAAUUUUAUUAUUUGGCUUUUGUUAUUGUAGUACCAUGGAUGAUUAAGACUGCAAUGGAUGCUAGUAAUGAAACUAAUUUAACAAAUUAUUACAAAUUUGAAAAUUUAUUAUCUUCUGGUUGGUUAUUUGGUAGAAAAGUUGAUAAUAGUGAUUCCCAAUACAGAUUCUUUCGUGAUAAUUUAUUUUUAUUAAUUCAAUUAAUGACCGCACAUUUAGUAAUUAAACGUAUCAUAUUAUACGUGACAAAGAUUAACGUAUUAAGAUUUGAUUUUAUCUUUGGUUUAAUUUUCUUAUUUGCUGCUCAUGGUGUUAAUUCUAUUAGAAUCUUGACUCAUAUGAUCGUCAUGUUUUCAUUAGUACAUCUUUUGAAGAGACACAGAAAUUGGGCAAUUGCUUUAACUUGGAUCUAUGGUAUUGGAUCAUUGUUUUUAAAUGAUAAAUAUAGAUCUGUACCAUUUAGUUCAUUUUGCUCGAUUCUAAAACCUUUAGAUACUGCUUUUAAAGGAAUUAUUCCAAGAUGGGAUGUAUUCUUUAAUUUUACUUUAUUGAGAAUAAUUAGUUAUAAUUUAGAUUAUUUGGAAAGAUUAAAUAAUCAAUUACAAUUUAGAAAUUCUCAUGAAGAAUCUUCAGAAGAUUAUGAAGAAUUUACAAGAUCACAUACAGAUGAGAAUAAUAAUAAUAAUGAUGAUAACGACAUUCAAAUUAACAAACCUUCAAUUAAAAAAUCAGGGUCUGUUUCAAGAUUACAAACUAUUGAUGAAUCAGGUAAAGCCGAAGUAUUAAAUGAAAGAGCAAGAUUAAUUGCGCCACAUCAUAUUCAAGAAUACAGUUUUGUCAAUUUUAUCGCUUAUGUGACAUAUACUCCAUUAUUUAUUGCAGGUCCAAUUAUUACAUUCAAUGAUUAUAUAUAUCAAUCACAACAUAAAUUACCUUCCAUUACUCUCGAGAGAAUUACAAUUUAUUCAUCUGUUUUAGCGUUUACUAUCCUUGCCAUGGAAUUUAUUUUACAUUUUACUUACGUUGUGGCAGUAUCAAAGGCAAAAGCUUGGGAGAAUGACUCACCAUUUCAAAUAUCAAUGAUUGGUUUAUUCAAUUUAAAUAUUAUUUGGUUAAAACUAUUAAUUCCAUGGAGAUUUUUCAGAUUAUGGGCAAUGUUAGAUGGAAUUGAUACUCCAGAAAAUAUGAUAAGAUUAGUCGAUAAUAAUUAUAGUGCGUUGGCAUUUUGGAGAGGUUGGCAUCGUUCUUUUAAUAAAUGGGUGGUUCGUUAUAUCUAUAUCCCAUUAGGUGGUUCACGUAAUAGAAUCUUAACAUCUUUAGCCGUAUUUUCAUUUGUUGCAGUAUGGCAUGAUAUAGAGUUACGUUUGUUACUAUGGGGUUGGUUAAUUGUCAUAUUCCUAUUACCUGAAAUUUUCCUUUCACAAUAUUUCCAAAUGUAUCGUAAUAAAUGGUGGUAUAGACAUGUCUGUGCCCUUGGUGGUACAGUUAACAUCUAUAUGAUGAUGAUAGCUAAUCUAUUUGGAUUCUGUCUUGGAUCAGAUGGCACUAAGAUGUUAUUACAUGAUAUGUUCAUGACUUCGGCAGGUUUUACAUUCUUCAUUAUUUCUACUGUAUGUUUAUUUAUUGCUGUGCAGAUAAUGUUUGAAAUUAGAGAGGAUGAAAAGAGACAUGGAAUCAAUCUUAAAUGUUAG